AUGGAGGGGAAUACAUCACAAGGAGGCAUGAUUUCCGGUGGCCCUCCUUUUGGGGGCUUUGACUUGCAAGGAUCAAUUACAAUGCGUCACCAAGUCCUAGAUCAGCAUCCUUUACACCACCAGCACCACCACCACGGGUCUUCAGGUCAUCAUUCAAUUCAUGACAGUUUCCCACUUACCAUGGGAACCAUGCACAGUGCUGACCCUUCUCUAUCUAUGUCGGAUCACAAGAAGGUGGAGAGAGGGAAAAACAACUCACCCAGUGACGACGAGGAACCAAGUUAUACUGAAGAAGGUGCCGAUGGUCACAAUGAAUCAAAUAGAGGGAAGAAGGGUUCUCCCUGGCAACGUGUGAAGUGGACAGAUAAGAUGGUUCGUCUUUUGAUAACUGCUGUGUCUUAUAUAGGAGAAGAUGAGGCAUCAUCAGAUUGUGGCAGUGGUCGGAUGAAAAGGAAAUUUGUGGUUUUACACAAAAAGGGAAAGUGGAAAUCUAUUUCAAAAGUAAUGGCUGAAAGAGGGUUUCAUGUUUCUCCACAACAGUGUGAGGACAAAUUCAACGACCUCAACAAGCGGUAUAAAAAGUUGAAUGAUAUGAUAGGGAGAGGUACUUCCUGCCAAGUUGUUGAAAACCCAGCUCUUUUGGAAGUUAUAGACUAUCUGUCUGAGAAGGAGAAAGAUGAUAUUAGGAAAAUAUUGAGCUCGAAGCAUCUAUUCUAUGAAGAGAUGUGUUCAUACCAUAAUGGGAACAGAUUGCAUCUCCCUCAUGAUCCUGUAUUGCAGCGUUCACUCCAGUUGGCUCUUCGUAAUAGAGAUGAUCAUGAUACUGAUGACACAAGGACUCAUGAACAUGAUGAUCUCGAUGAAGAUGAUCGGGAGUUGGAUACUGAUGGUCAUGAUGAAUUUGAGGAUAAUCAUGCUUCACAUGGAGAUAGUCGGGCAGGACUUUAUGGGCUUUUGGGAGGCCCCAUGAAGAGGUUAAGGCAGACUCAAGGACAAGAAUAUGUUUGUCUUGGUGGAUCUUCUCAGGAUGGUCAAAAGGGGUCUUUUCCUGGGACCCACGCUACACAAGUUGACAUGAACCAAAUCUCUCCUGAAAACAAAAGUCAAGCUUGGCAGAGGAAGUCGCGAAGCCUUCAGUUAGAAGAACAGAAGCUGCAAAUCCAGGUUGAGAUGUUGGAGCUAGAGAAACAGCGAUUCAAGUGGCAAAGAUUUAGUCGAAAAAGGGAUCAUGAGUUGGAGAAGUUAAGGAUGGAAAAUGAGAGAAUGAAGCUUGAGAAUGAGCGUAUGGCAUUAGAAUUGAAGCGCAAGGAAAUGGGAGCUGAUUUCAGUUGAUGGUUAGUCAGUAUCAUAAUCUAUUUUUCCUUGAUCACAAGUGUGCCAUUUUUCUCAAGCAUUUAUUUUCCUAGUAAGAUUGCUAUUGAUGGUAACUGGAGCACCAUUUAUUAGAUGGAUUUAUGGGAAUCGUAACAAUACCCAUGGGUGUCUUGUUCUGAAUCCGAUAAGCAGGGUAGUGUCUAUGGCAUGACGAUAUCUGUGUAGAUCUUUUGUUUGUGUUUUCUAAACUCUGCCUUUUCUCUCCUGUAUCAGGUUUUUCCUUUUGAGGUCAACUGUGAAUUUAGAAACCAGAUAGAGCUUCCUUUACAUAUAUUUAUCGAUAUUGUAUGUGGCUGAUGGCAUAUAUCUAUAAAGCCCAAAUUAUGCCCAUCAUGUUCAAUGU